AUGCACAUCUCCAAGAAACUCACCCAGGCAAGGGAGGAGGGAAAGCCAACCUUCUCCUUUGAAUUCUUUCCACCAAAGACCGCGCAGGGAGUCCAAAACCUCUACGACCGCAUGGACCGCAUGCAUGGCUUCGGUCCACAAUUCAUCGACCUCACAUGGGGUGCGGGCGGCCGCCACUCCAAGUUGACAUGCGAGAUGGUAAAGGUCGCCCAAACCGUCUACGGUCUCGAGACCUGUAUGCACCUCACAUGUACCGACAUGGAGAAGUCCAAGCUCGACGACGCCCUUCGCGAAGCCUACCAAUCUGGCUGCACAAACAUUCUUGCCCUGAGGGGAGAUCCGCCGCGGGAACGAGAGAAGUGGGAAGCAACUGCUGGUGGCUUCCGCUAUGCAAAGGAUCUGGUCGUAUACAUCAAGGAGAAAUAUGGAAACCACUUCGACAUUGGUGUGGCAGGAUACUCAGAGGGCAGUGAUGACAAUGACAAUGUCGACGAGCUCAUCGACCACUUGAAGGAGAAGGUUGACGCCGGAGGAACCUUUAUCGUGACCCAGAUGUUCUAUGAUGUCGACAUUUUCCUUGAGUGGGUGAGGAAAGUUCGCGCGAAGGGCAUUGACGUUCCCAUCAUCCCUGGUAUCAUGCCAAUCCACACGCACGCAGCCUUCCUACGAAGAGCGCAGUGGACCAGGUGCAACAUCCCACAACAUUGGACCGAUGCCCUUGAACCUGUAAAGAAUGACGAUGUCGAAGUGCGUGAAGUCGGCAAGAUGCUGGUCGCAGACAUGUGCCGGAAGCUGAUUGCUGCUGGUAUCACGCAUCUGCAUUUUUACACGAUGAACCUUGCACAAGCCACGCGCAUGGUCCUCGAAGAGCUAGAUCUCCUACCAGACGUCGAGGCGCCAUUGGAGAAGCCUCUCCCCUGGCGACCCUCUUUGGGUCUCAACCGACGCGACGAAAACGUACGUCCCAUUUUCUGGCGCAACCGCAAUCGAUCCUAUGUCGCACGUACACAAGAUUGGGACGAGUUUCCCAAUGGCCGCUGGGGAGAUUCGCGCUCUCCGGCCUUUGGUGAAUUGGACUCUUAUGGCAUUGGUCUGAAGGGCACCAACGAGCAGAACGUAAAGCUAUGGGGAUCACCCAUGUGUAUCAGAGAUCUGUCCGAUCUCUUCGUGCGUUAUAUGGAAGGAAAACUGGAUUCUUUGCCCUGGAGCGAACAGGCCAUCACGACUGAAGCCGGGCCCAUCCGCAGUGACCUGAUUGAUUUGAAUCGUCGCGGGUUUCUAACCAUCAACUCGCAACCUGCUGUCAACGGUGCCAAGUCAUCAGACCCAGUGUUUGGCUGGGGUCCCCGUAACGGCUACGUCUAUCAAAAGGCGUAUUUGGAGGUCUUUGUCUCUCCGGAAUACAUCUCCGAGAUCAUCACUCGUCUGGAGCGCGAUCCCGAGUUCACAUACUACGCAGUGAACAAGGAUGGAGACUUGAAGACGAACGCACCCAAUGAAGGACCCAAUGCCGUAACAUGGGGUGUCUUCCCGGGCAAAGAGAUCGUACAGCCGACCAUUGUCGAGACGGUCAGCUUCCUCGCUUGGAAGGACGAGUUCUACCGCCUCGGUCAGCAGUGGGCGAACUGCCAUGCUGGUGUAAGCCCUUCGCGUUACGUUAUUCAGGACAUCGUGGACACAUGGUACCUGCUCAAUAUUGUACAUAACGACUUCCACGAGACCCGUGGGAUCUUCCCCAUCUUCGACGGCCUAGAGGUCAAGGACAUGGAUAAGCCACUGCACAACCCUAGCGUUGACCUCCCUGGAGUCAACGGUACCGAGUCGACAAACGGAACCAAUGGCACGAAUGGUGACGCUGAAGCUCCAGGCUUGAUCGAGACCGCCAAAGCAGCAGCUGUUGAGGUCACGAAUGGUAUAAAGAGCCUGGCUGUCUCCAACUAAACCUAUCUGGUGUUAGACGAUGUGCAAUCUUACUGCUUUCAACACGGCAAGACUGUUUCAUUUUCGGCGUUUUGAUUUUCGGACAUUUCUUCAGAUGUCUCCACUAAUGGUAUGGUGUACAACACCAGAGGAAGCGGCUUUCCACUUUCAACAGUAUCCCGCAAGUUUCGGGCCUUGAUCUAUCUGGUGGUAAUUUCGAAGUUUCUCGGAGUUUCGUGGUCUAUCUCUAUUUUACUUUAUCUCUAUCUCAACAACAAGCGCGUGACACAUUGCACAGCGCAUGUGUCGGAGCAUCUGGGAGGCGUCUAUUCAACCCGACGACCGUCGCAAAAGUCCAUGUAGUGCAACAACCUCAAAAGUUCGAUGGCAUUAGUGUAGGACUUAAGAUGACGGAAUGAGCUUUUUAAGAUACCCGACUGCUGCCCUCAACGGCAGUGGUCAACUUUUUCACUCCAAUUAAACAUUGACAUUCCAGUAGAAUCAUACACUAGA